AUGACAGCAGCCCGCAACCCCCUUCACCAUCUGCUACUACUGCUGUACCUGCAUCUGCUGCUAGCUUCAGGACAACAGCUGCCUCAGGGUUGGAUGUUGUUGGCAGCAUGGUCUGCGGCUGCAAGCAUAGACCGCAUCCACCACGUGGCUUCUUCGGCCUCUUCCACUGAAGGCAGUCCGCAAGGUAACACAAUAGCUGCCACAUACUCUCCUUCUCAUGCCUUGGGCCGUGGCCAACGUCCUAAGCAUCCACCGAAUUGGCACAAAGAUUAUGUCGCACAUGCUAUCUCUAGCCCAUCUAUCUCCUCCCGUUCAUCGUCUACUCCAUGCUCCUUAGGUACUCCCUAUCCUUUAGCACAUUUUGUGAAUUGUGAUAAAUUUUCUUUGCGACACCGUGUUUUUAUUGCAGCUGUGGAUACUGUGGUAGAGCCACGUAAUUUCAAAGAGGCUAAGAAAGAUGAAGGGUGGAGAGAGGCGAUGCAAAAAGAAAUUUCUGCUUUAGAAAAUAAUCACACUUGGGUAAUGGAGAAAUUACCUCCGGGCAAGAAGUCUCUUGGGUGCCGAUGGGUUUACAAGGUCAAACUCAAUUCUGAUGGCUUUAUUGAGAGGUUAAAAGCUCGUCUCAUUAUUUUUGGUAACCAUCAGGUCGUGGGUAUUGAUUAUAACGAUACGUUUGCUCCCGUUGCUAAAAUGGUUACUGUUCGUGCUUUUCUUGUUGUUGCUACUGCGAAAAAUUGGGAAUUGCACCAAAUGGUUGUUCACGACGCCUUUCUCCAUGGUGAUCUUGAUGAGGAGGUUUAUAUGACACCCUCGCCUAGUUUUCAUGGUUCUAAGCCGGGUUUGGUGUGUCGUCUUCGAAAAUCUUUGUAUGGUCUCCGGCAAGCACCCCGUUGUUGGUUCUUUAAGUUGGCCUCUUCUCUGAAAAGGUACGUAUCUGGUAAUGAUUCUGCUGCAAUUACAUCAUUCAAAUCAUACCUGAGUGACUGUUUUCAUAUGAAAGAUUUGGGUGUGUUGAAAUACUUUCUUGGUAUUGAGGGGCACGUCCUGAGUACUCCUAUUGAGCAGAAUCAUAUUCUAGCUAAAUCAGAGUCUCCUCUUAUUUCUGAUCGUGAAAUGUAUCGUCGUCUUGUUGGUGUGACUCGGAUUGGGCUAGUUGUCCUUUGGCAAGAUGAUCUAUUUUUGACUAAGAAGCAGGACACUGUGGCUAAGUCUUCUGCAGAGGCCGAAUUUCGUUCAAUGUCUAAAACCACUAAUGAGUUGAAGUGGUUAAAGGCUCUACUUUUGAGUUUGGGAGUCUCUUAUCCCCGCGCAAUGAGUUUGCUUUGUGAUAGUCAUCUGCAUUGUAUAUUGCGCGGAAUUCGGUCUUUCAUGAGCGAUGAUAUUAUUAGUCUGUCGUAUGUGAAAACGACGGAUCAACUUGCGGAUAUUUUCACUCAGGCAUUGAACAAACAACAAUUCUUGUAUUUACUUGGCAAGUUGGGCAUUUGUAUAGCUAUUGGGCCAUUGUUAUGUUACGAGCUCUAA